CCCUUUUCUAUUUACUUUUUUUUUUACUUAUUUUUGACACUUGCAUUUUUUGUAUUCCUUCUCCCCCACUUUGAACCUUCAAAUUAGUCAUCCAUUUAUCUAUUCAUUUGUCCAUUCAUACAUUCAUCCAUGGACUCUUGCUUCACAUACCAAACCUUUUAUCGAGACGUCCCGCCUGCGGCCGGCGAGUACUGGAACAAAAUAGUGGUGUAUACAGACGGUGCCAGCUCGCGAAACGGGACAAUUCACGCAAAGGCUGGAAUUGGAGUGUACUUUGGACCCAACGAUAAGCGCAACCUCUCCGAACCUCUCCCCGGUGCCUGCCAAACAAGCGAGCGCGCCGAGUUAUACGCAAUAAUGCGCGCCAUUGCCAAGGCCGGCGAGGCCGGCGUGGCUGGUGGAGGAGGAAAAGCAGUGAAUAGCAGAGCCAUCAAUAUAUGCACUGAUUCCCUGUAUAGUAUCAAGUGCAUGACUCUGUGGUAUUACAAAUGGCAGCGCAACGGCUGGAGGACCACCGGUGGCCAGCCAGUGCAGAACAAGGAUUUGAUCCUGAAGGGCCGGAGCUUGAUUAAGAAAUUGCAGGGGGCUGUGGAGUUUACGCAUGUCCGCGGUCACCAGGGAAUCGAGGGAAACGAGCAGGCUGACCGGUUGGCUAUUCUUGGUGCGCAACAGCACUAUUUCGGGGAUUUUCAAAAGGAAAAUUUUUCCUGCGCGGUUUUCUCAAUGCAGUAGCAACAAUUCGGCGACUGCCUUUUUCUGAUUUCAUUUUAUCAGUGCAUUCUUUCAGCUUUCUUUUCUGCUUUUUCUUUUUUUUGCAU